GCUUAUGUGUGUAUUUGUGUGUAUUUGUGUGUAUGUGUAUGUGUAUGUGUGUGUUGCCUGUGUGCCUGCGUGCCUGCGUGCCUGAGUGCCUGCAUGUACAAAUGUGCGUAUGUAUGUAUAUGUAUAUGCGUGUGUCUGUUUAUACGUGCGUGCGUACGUGCUUAUGCUUGCUUUAUUUGUUUUAUAUGUACGUGCGUG